CGAAUUCAGCCGGAACCCGACCCGACCCGGUUGUCUCGAUUCUAUUACCCAUCGACGAGUUCCUUCCUUUGAUCGAUCCGGCGACCGCAAAGAUGGUGGAUUUCGACUGCAAGACGAAUGUGGUCUCCCCCGACGCGCCCCUCAACUCCCCCAAGGUCCCCAGCGACAAGCUUCCUUUCUUGCUCCCCUCGACGCCGUUCCGAUCCCCCGCGGCCUUGACGUCCGCCUCCGCUCCGGCCGUCGCCGCUUACGAGCAGUACCUGAGGCUGCCGGAGCUGAGGAGGCUCUGGGGCGCCCGGGAAUUCCCGGGCUGGAAGGCCGAGUCGCUGCUCAGGCCCGCCCUGCAGGCCCUGGAGAUCACCUUCCGGCUCGUCUCGACGGCGCUCUCCGACCCGAGGCCGUACGCCAACCGCCUCGAGUGGAGGCGGCGGCUGGAGUCCCUCGCCGCCAGCCAGAUCCAGCUCAUCGCCGACCUAGUGGAGGACGAGGGCGAGGAGGAGGGCGGCGCGGGCGGGGCUCCCCUCGUCGGCUUAAGCUCGGCCGGCUGCGAGCUGGCGCGGGGCGGCAGCUGGGCCGAGGUGUGGAGGAUCCCCGGGGGUGUCGCCGCGGCGGUGAGCCGAGCGAGCGAGGCGAGCCUCCUGCCCCGGCUCGCUACGUGGCACACUUCGGAGGACGUGGCGCAGAGGAUCCUGUACACCAUCGAGUGCGAGAUGAGGGGUUGCCCGUACUCUCUUGGGCUCGGCGAGCCGAACCUGACCGGGAAGCCGGCCUUGCGAUACGACGACGUGUGCAGGCCUAGCGAGCUUCACUCUCUGAAGCGAAACGCUUCCAGCGAUCAAAUCGAGAGCAAUCACGAGAACCAGUCGCUUCACACGACGCACCAGAUUCUCGAAUCGUGGAUCUACGCCACGAACGAGCUCCUGAAACGGAUCUCGGAGAGGAUCGAAGAGAAGCAAUUCAAGAAAGCCGCGAGUUAUUGCUACUUGCUGGAGAGAUUCUGGAAGCUUCUGGCGGAGAUCGAAGACCUCCACCUCCUGCUGGACCCGGAGGACUUCCUGAGGUUGAAGAGGGACCUGGCGAUCAGGGCCGAGACGGCGUCCUUCUGCUUCCGGUCGAAGGGCCUCGUCGAGAUCACCGGCAAGUGCAAGGACUUGAAGCACAACGUGCCGCGCAUCCUGGGCGUGGAGGCGGACCCCAACGGCGGGCCGAGGCUGCAGGAGGCGGCGAUGAGGCUGUACUGCGAGAAGGGGGAGGCCGAGAGGAUCCACCUGUUGCAGGCGCUGCAGGCGGUGGAGGGGGCGGUGAAGAGGUUCUUCUUCGCGUACAAGCAGGUGGUGGCGGCGGUGAUGGGGAGCUUGGAGGCGAGGGGGGACAGGGCGGUGGCGAGCUCGGAGACGAGCGACUCGCUGAGUCAGGUGUUCCUGGAGAGCACCUACUUCCCGAGCUUGGACGCUGCUAAGACGUUUCUGGGGCGGAUGUUGAGCGGCGGCGAGAACGCCAAAGGUGGUCGGAGUUCGGAGCGGGGCGACUCUGGAAGGACUCGGAGUUUGGGAAAAGGAGCAUAACAAAGUUGGAAUGUGACGACAUUGAUUCUUCGAACUUAAUUUUGGCGAUUAAUCUUUUCUCUUGUAAAUUUUCACGACAUGAAGAUUGAACCGUACAGAAAUUGUGAAUGUUCAUUCUUGUUUUGUCACUAAA